GCGCUAGUGUCGUGUUUAGUACUCCUGCUCUGUGAAAAUUCAAUUUUUCCACUCUUUUCCCUCAAUUUCUUGCUCACAUUCGUUUCUGUGUGAAGUCUCAGGGUGUCAAACAAGUGUCCGGACGUGCGGAGAAGACAUUGCGAUUGGUGUGGAGUGCAAAAAGUCGGUGGGAAAAGGUGGCCACCCCACGAAUUUCUCCUCCCUCGAGUUGUGCGGUUGAAAAAAAGAAGGUGGCGCGAGAGUAGGAGAGGGAGAGUACCCCAAAAGUGUGCGUGUGUGUGCGAACGACGUCGGAAAAGUUGAGGAAAAUUGGGUCGAAGAGCAGGUGAAAAAUUCCCCGAGUGUCUCACACGGUGACGGAGGACUUCAAUCUUCACCAUCUUCACGGGUUCCACUGGAGUUAGGCUGCCGAGGGUGGUGCAAGGGGUGGAUUUUCACUGUGCCUCGCAAAGUCUCCUGUGGCACCCAUUUCCUUCGUAUCCGCUCUCACUGACCCCUCGCAAGUGUGCAUCUCACAUUGUAGUGGCAUCCCCGGGAGAGUAAAGACGUUGUUCCAGCGUGAUAAUCCUUUCCGGAGGAUGGAAAAGCGUGAAGAAUGACACUGUACGCAGGAGAGAGGCAAAAAGGUGCUGUCCGGAGAUAAAUUGCAGGAAGGCACAGGAAUAGGAGGAGAUAAAAGUGAAGAAAAUUGCAGUUUUUCGACUCAGAGACACUCUCUGGGCAUUUUCACCAGCAGUGGAGAAGCACACAAGGAAGAUGCCAGUGAAGAAGCAAGAUGUCCACGCAAAAAAAAGAGAUAUCAUGAAAAUUUAUAUUGACAGAAUUUUGUGAGAGAGAAGAAAAUGAAUGAAAAUGGAGGCUCACCGGGCUUUGGAACUGCUCGAGGAUUAUCAUUCGAGACUGUCGGCUCCGCAGGAUCGUGCCCUGAGGAUUGCCAUUGAGAGAGUGAUUCGAAUCUUCAAGUCUCGUCUCUUCCAAGCACUUCUCGAUAUCCAAGAGUUCUACGAAUUAACCCUUCUGGAUGAUACAAAGACGAUACAGCAGAAAACCGUGGAAACACUCCAAAUUGCCAGCAAAUGGGAACAUGAGAAUGCACUGAAAAUAUCUGAGAGUGAUACAAAUCGAAGUUCCGCGCAUUUGCCACUGACUCAGGCAUUGCUGAAUUUGAAGGAGCAACAGGAGAAUGCCGAAAAUGAGAAUCAACAGCGAUUUCGUAGCGGUGAAGAGGCGCAUCAAGCGGAGAAAAAGGAGAGUGAAAAGCAAGCUCCUCCAUCGUCAUCACUGGCAGCGGCCACAGACAAGGAGCAUCAACAACCUGUUGGUGGACGAAAAUCUGAAUCGCCUUCAAAGUAUUUGGCUCACUCGCCGGCUGUCAAUGAUGCUAAACACGUGAAUGGAGAUGAUAGUUGGCAGUAUGAGGAUAUUACACUGGAGAGGGGAAACUCCGGACUGGGAUUCAGCAUUGCCGGUGGCACUGAUAAUCCCCACAUUGGCACGGACACCUCUAUCUACAUCACAAAGCUGAUCCCGGGCGGCGCGGCGUCUGCCGAUGGGCGACUUGGGGUGAACGAUUGUAUUAUCUCCGUGAAUGAUGUGUCGGUGGUGGAUGUGCCCCAUGCGGCUGCCGUGGAGGCGCUGAAGAAAGCGGGAAAUGUGGUGAAGCUCCACGUGAGGCGAAAGCGCGCCCCGCCAGGGCCCAAGAUCAUAGACAUCGACCUGGUGAAGGGCGCUAAAGGACUAGGAUUCUCAAUUGCCGGUGGGAUUGGCAAUCAACACAUUCCCGGUGACAAUGGCAUCUACGUGACAAAGAUAAUGGACGGCGGGGCUGCCGGCGUGGAUGGCCGAAUGAGUAUUGGGGAUAAGUUGGUGGCGGUGCGACAUCCCACUGGGCAGGAGAAGAAUCUGGAGAAUGUGACACACGAGGAGGCCGUGGCCACUCUGAAGUCCGUCACGGAUAGGGUGACGUUGGUGAUUGGGAAGUCGCAGCACGCAGUUGCGCCGUCGCAACCGGUCACGGGUCUGGGCCACGUGAACUCCCACUCAACAGGUGCCGUCAACAGCAUCGGGCAGAAUGUUGUAGAUUUUCCGAAUUCCGCAGGGGAUCGUGCCCAUUCACCGCAUCAAGCUCUCGAGACGUCAUCGCGCUAUGCUUCAUCCAAUGUUCUCGCCGCAGUUCCACCUGGAACCCCACGAGCUGUCAGCCAUGAAGAUAUAACAAGGGAAGUGCGAACAAUCCAGAUCAACAAGGGACCGCAGGGCCUUGGCUUCAAUAUCGUGGGCGGUGAGGAUGGCCAAGGUAUCUAUGUCUCAUUUAUCCUUGCCGGUGGUCCGGCCGAUGUGGGUGGUGAGCUGAAGCGUGGUGAUCAGUUGUUGAGUGUAAACGGAGUGAAUUUGCGCAAUGCCACACAUGAGGAUGCCGCGCAGGCGCUCAAGAACUCCGGACCCACUGUCACUUUGGUGGCGCAGUAUCGUCCGGAGGACUAUAAUCGCUUCGAGGCUCGCAUACAUGAGCUGAAGCAACAGGCGGCCAUUAAUGCCGGCACAGGGACGCUGCUGAGGACCUCUCAGAAGCGCUCAUUGUAUGUGAGGGCCCUGUUUGACUAUGACCCCAAUCGCGACGAUGGUCUGCCGUCGCGCGGGCUGCCCUUUAAGCAUGGUGAUGUGCUGCAUGUGACGAAUGCGUCCGAUGACGAGUGGUGGCAGGCGAGGCGAGUGCUGGGCGACGGCGAGGAGGAGGGCAUCGGCAUUGUGCCGUCCAAGAGACGGUGGGAGAGGAAGAUGCGCGCCAGAGACCGAAGUGUCAAAUUCCAGGGACAUCCCACUAACAAUCUAGAUAAGCAAUCAACACUCGAUCGCAAAAAGAAGAAUUUCUCAUUCUCAAGAAAAUUCCCAUUUAUGAAGAGCAAAGACGAUAAGAAUGAAGAUGGAUCUGACCAGGAACCAAAUGGCAAUGCAACUCCAGACAUUGAUGCAGACCAGCAACCUUUUAUGUUAUGCUACACUCAGGAUGAUGCUAAUGCUGAAGGAGGCGAGAUAAUCUACAGAGUGGAGUUACCCGAUAUGGAGCAGAUUACGCUAAUCUACCUGGAGAAUAGUGAUGCUGACUAUCCCACAGAGGAGAAUGUUUUGUCUUAUGAACCAGUACAGCGCCUUUCGAUAAACUAUGCAAGACCCGUGAUUAUUUUGGGUCCACUGAAGGACCGCAUAAAUGAUGAUUUAAUCUCAGAGUUUCCCGACAAGUUUGGCUCCUGUGUUCCACACACAACACGACCGAAGAGAGACUACGAAAUGGACGGACGUGAUUAUCAUUUUGUGUCGUCACGUGAGCAAAUGGAGAAAGAUAUUCAGAAUCACUUGUUCAUUGAGGCGGGACAGUACAAUGACAAUCUGUACGGAACAUCGGUGGCGAGUGUCCGUGAAGUGGCGGAAAAGGGGAAGCACUGUAUCCUCGAUGUGUCCGGCAAUGCAAUAAAGCGCCUUCAAGUUGCUCAAUUAUAUCCAAUUGCAAUAUUCAUAAAGCCCAAAUCCAUUGAUUCAAUUAUGGAAAUCAAUCGCCGAAUGACUGAAGAACAGGCGAAGAAGACCUUCGAGAGAGCCUUGAAGAUGGAGCAAGAAUUUGGCGAAUACUUCACAUCCGUUGUCCAAGGGGACAACAUCGAGGAGAUCUACAAUAAGACGAAGAAAGUGGUGUGGAGCCAGCAGGGCCCAACCAUAUGGGUGCCAUCGAAGGAGCCGCUAUGACCAACAGCAACUACAACAUGGACACUGCCGCCAAGAUCAAGAGCCAGGCCUGUGUCUCGAUCUGGCUACAAUCACUAAACUUAACCACACAUGAAUUUAAUUGUUGUUUUGAGGAGUUUUUUUUUCUUCUUGUGCGCGCAUUGACGAUCGCUCCACUUGGGAGAAUGCGUGGUGUAAAGGCGGAGCAACAAUGGGAAGAUGAUGACAACAAUUGUAUUAUGAUUGCUUCUAUAUUUCAUAUUUUAAUCUUCAAUACUUUUUGUUUAGAUAAAUCGAGAAAAGUUUUUCAAUUAUCCAUUUUACAAGAUUUACAAAUUUAUUAAUAUAGAGUUUAUUUUUGUCUAGUAUUUCUCCCCUUAUUUUCAUUGUCGAUGGAGUCAAUUUUGUCAACCUACAAUUAGAUUUUAGUAAAAUUAUUUAAUCAAAUGUCUAUAGUUGUGGAAGGGAGUUUGAGAAGUAGAAAUCUAAUAUCGCUGCCAUGCCUCAAAAAGGAAAUAUUGUAUCUUAUAUCUAUCGCGAAGGUAUUUGUCUUUCAGCAAAAUUGGCUCCAUCACAAUUUAUUUCAUAUUUGGAAACAUCUUUUCAUGUAUUUUAUUUAUUUAUUGCGACGGAUAUCUAGAAGGGGGAAAGAUUUUCUGAUGAAAAACAAGGGUUGACACAUUUUAAAGGCAGAUAAAAAAAUUAUUAUGUAGGACGAGUAUAAAUUAAGUACUAUAUUAUACACAUGAUAAAUGUUUGUUGACGAAAAUGACUAUUAAUUGUAUUAUUGAUUAUUGAUUAACUGAAGAGGACAGAAAAAUCAGAUGAAUAUUUAGAGAUCAUGAUUAUCUAUUUAGCUAGCUAUUACAAAUCAGUAAUUUAUCUCUAUAAACGCAUAUAAAAAAAAGUGAAAAAUUUUAUCUCUAUCCCUAGAGGAAAGGAAGCAACAACAAUGUAAAGUAUCCAUUUUUGAGAUAAUGAUAAAUAAUACCACAUGAAACGUCCCUCUCCCUUAAUGGAAGACAAAAGAAAAGAUGAACCUAAUAUUAAAAUAUUAAUCAAAGAAGCAAAUUAGAAGAAUAACUCGUCAUUUUUAAAUAUUCUCCAUUCAUAAUAAUUAAUAGAUGGGAAAUUGUGCGCGGAAAAAAUAUGAAAUCUUCAACAUAAGCAAUUUUGGAGAGAGAAAAAUCGUACCCCCGAUAAAUUACUCGAAUUUUCAUUGUAGUCUAACUUGCAAAGAAGAUGCAAUGAAUUCAUAUUUUGGUUGAUGAAAAUUGUUGGAAGAAAAGAAAAAAAAGUAGCACCGAAAUAUUGAAGAUUAUCUCAGUGAGGAAAUUAUUUUGUAAGCUUCUAUAUACAUUUAUUGUUGACGAGAAGAAGGAAAUUUGACAAUUGUAUAAAGAAAAAAAAAAUUACUAAACUUUCACUUUAAACAUUUAUUCAAAAUCACAUACACUAAUUCACCUUUCACGCUACACUCUGAGAGAAGUCUUGCGACAAGAAAAUAUCCCUCUUUUUCAAUGAAACAAGUCGUUUAAAUGGUUUAGAAAGAAUCUACUCUAGAUAAUGGAAAGAAAAACUUACAUUUUUUGAUUAACUAACACUCGCUUAGAGAACAUAUUUAAAAAGAAAAAAAAAGUAAUCGGAGGAGGAAAUUGAGAGUGAAAGAGAGAUAAUAAAUCAUUACAAUUAUUUUUCAGAUAGUAAAAAUCAGAAAGAAAAUUGUUAGGAGUUAGAUGAACCACUGAAAAAUGGAAGUAUAUGAAAAAGGAGAAAAAUGAAAAGUUUCUACGAGAAAUAUUGCAAGAGAACCUUUUAUUAGAAAGAUGAAAAAAAUUGAUCGCAUAUUGUUGUUAUUAAAUAAUUAAUUAUUUUAAUGAUGAAAACAGAGAAGUUUUGAUUGAAAAAAAGAGUUACAAAAUAAAGAAGAAAAUGUAUUCUGCUCAAA